AUGGCGGAUGAUGAGGGGCCGAAGAAGUAUAGUCCGCAGGAGACAAUGUGGCUGGCCAAGAACUUCGUCGACGUCUCCGAGGAUCCUAUCAUCGGCAACCAGCAGAGCGAUAAAGUGUUCUGGGAGCGGAUUGCCCAGAAGUACAACGCUGGUCGACCUAGAGGGUCGUUCGAGCGUAGCUACGUGGAGCUACACAAGCAUUGGGGUCGGGUCCAGAAGGAGAUGAACAAGUGGAAUGGCAAGUGGACUAACGUAGUCCGGAUGUGGCCUAGCGGGCACAUCGAGAUGGACCUCGUAGAGAAGGCCAAGGAGGAGUUUUUCGCCGACGGGAAGAAGCACUUCAAAACUGGCGGCAAGUGGGGCGCCGAAGAGAACCAAAGUUUCUGCCGCCGGACACUAUUCGUAGAGCGAAGGAGUCCGCCAAUCGACCUCAACGUGACAGACGACGGCAUCUUCCUCUCAUCCCCUGGUACUCAAAGCCGUCCGAUGGGAACACAGAUGGCAAAGAGGAAAGCGAAGGGGAAGACAACUGCUACGAGCUACCCCACUAUGCCGCCGCUCAAUCAUUCUCUGUAUAAGAUAUCCGACUCUAUGUCGGAUAUGAGUAUCACCUUACGGAUGGGCCAGCUGACGAAGUUGACAUCGAGGGACACCUCGACAAUGUCGGAGUUCGAGCUCGAGUUGCACCAUGAGAUGAUCGCCUACCUUCGCGAUUAG